AUGGACCUGACACCACUCGUCCUACACUGGUCACUAUCACGAUGCUAAAGUUUUAAUCGCAAUAAAAUGGAUAUUUGCGCAUCUACAAACAAAAACCGGCAUCACCAAGGACUGCUUAACCUACAGAAAAUCAGCCAGUAACAUUUUACCAUCAUGGACGGCGGAGGUCGACAAUCCCGCCUUUUAGGCCGGUUGCUCGGUAAACUACGCGGGGAACAUCACCGGUACACGACGCUCGACAAGAACCUCUCUUUUACAUCCAGUGUUAUAAGCGAAGACGCGGGCUGCGGAAGCGCCACGAACGAGGAUGAGCAAAUGUUCGGCUCCUCCAAUCAGGAUGGCGCGAGUUACAGCUGUAGCGCCCCUAUAGAUGAUAAUCAGUUUGCCGCCAAUAUUGAUCUGAGGUACGGUGGGCAGUACCUCUCCCCGGAACAACUGCCGGAGUUCUGCGACCAGCUACACCAUCUCGUCGAGGUGAUACGUAACAUACAGUCUUACGCCAGAGUUACAGGGGAAUACCCGAGUGAACUGGAACGUCGCCUGGAACAAGAGGCGCGCGAGGUGUGCGCCCUGGCGGCGGAGGUGCGCAACGCGCGCGACGUGGUGACGCGCACGCGCGCGCAGCGGCGGGCGGUGCGCGCGCGCCGGCUCAACCUCACCACGCACCUCGCCAGCUUGAGGGACACUGAGAUUCGAGAAUUGGAAAGCUCAGUGCGCCUCUCUGACCGCAAGCUGUUUAAAACCUGGGAGGCGCUGAAAGACUCCACCGACCCGGCCGCUUUUGACCCCUUACUAACAGAGAUCAGGAACAAGCAGACGGCUUUAGAAUGCUUGGUGCGGCUGAUAGACAGUCGCCGGGUGAGUAUCAACCGCGUGGUGCUGCCGCCGCAGCCGCUACCACCGCCCAUGCCGAGAGACGAAAGUGAAGAACCUUCGACCGGCGUAUCGGGCGGUCGCCGGCACGAGAACCGUCGCGCCAACUGCAAGCGGAGACGGAAGGAAGCACGUUCCGUUCCACUCUCCAGCGAACCUAGCAGACAUACUCCACCACCACAGGUAACCCUCUACAUACAAGGCACAGAAUGCACGUCUAGAUACCGUGCGGGCAGUGCCGGGGCGGUCGCGCUACCGUCCGUAGAUCUGCCUUCUAGAGGGAGCGUCAGGGAUAUACUAUUCUUUUCUGCACAUUGAUAACAUUGAAUGAAGAUUUCGGAAUAAUAUGAGACUGUAGAAGUGGUUACGUUCUGGUGGAAAACUGCGUGCGCUGAAAAGACGUAGAUUCUUAUAUUUUCAAGUACCAUUGCCAGGGACAUUUCUUUCUUAUUAUGAUAUUUACAGUUCAA